CCCGACCCCCCGGCUCAUUGUGCCUUCUUCUCACGCCGGCCCAAGAUGGCGGCGGCGCUAGACGCCCCGGGCCUGUGACUCCUACAAAGAGGGGAGCCGGGGCCGCACGGGAGCGGCGGCCGAGGCGCAGGCCGGGCCAUCUGUCCUCAGCCGUCCGCCCCGCGUCCGCCCGCCCCCGCCCGCCCGGCUUCCCGCCGGCGGCCCCGCCCCUCCCCCAACCGUCUGCCUAGCAUGGUGCGGCGGCCGCGCGCGCCGACAUGGGCGAGAAGCUGGAGCUGAGGCUCAAGUCGCCAGUGGGCGCCGAGCCCGCCGUCUACCCGUGGCCGCUGCCGGUCUACGACAAGCACCACGAUGCUGCUCAUGAGAUUAUUGAGACUAUCCGGUGGGUCUGUGAGGAAAUCCCGGAUCUCAAGCUGGCCAUGGAGAACUACGUCCUGAUCGACUAUGACACCAAAAGUUUUGAAAGCAUGCAGAGGCUGUGUGACAAGUACAACCGAGCCAUCGACAGCAUCCACCAGCUGUGGAAGGGCACCACGCAGCCCAUGAAGCUGAAUACUCGGCCGUCCAAUGGGCUCCUGCGUCACAUCCUGCAGCAGGUGUACAAUCACUCUGUAACCGACCCCGAGAAACUCAACAACUAUGAGCCCUUCUCCCCUGAGGUGUACGGGGAGACCUCCUUUGACCUGGUCGCCCAGAUGAUUGACGAGAUCAAGAUGACGGAGGACGACCUGUUUGUAGACCUGGGCAGUGGUGUGGGGCAGGUUGUCCUUCAGGUGGCUGCGGCCACCAGCUGCAAACAUCACUACGGAGUGGAGAAAGCGGACAUCCCAGCCAAGUACGCAGAGACCAUGGACCGAGAGUUCAGGAAGUGGAUGAAAUGGUAUGGAAAAAAGCAUGCAGAAUACACACUGGAACGAGGUGACUUCCUCUCAGAGGAGUGGAGGGAGCGGAUCGCCAACACGAGUGUUAUAUUUGUGAAUAACUUUGCCUUUGGUCCUGAGGUGGAUCACCAGCUGAAGGAGCGAUUCGCAAACAUGAAGGAAGGUGGCAGAAUCGUGUCCUCGAAGCCCUUUGCCCCUCUGAACUUCAGGAUCAACAGCAGGAACUUGAGUGACAUUGGCACCAUCAUGCGUGUGGUAGAGCUGUCGCCCCUGAAGGGCUCCGUGUCGUGGACCGGGAAGCCUGUCUCCUACUACCUGCACACUAUUGACCGCACCAUACUUGAAAACUAUUUUUCUAGUCUGAAAAAUCCGAAACUCAGGGAGGAGCAGGAGGCAGCUCGGCGCCGGCAACAGCGUGAGAGCAAGAGCAGUGCGACCACCCCCACCAAGGUCUCCGAGAGCAAGGCCGCUGCCGCCGCCGCAGCUGAGGCGCCCGUGGACUCUGGUGCUGAGGAAGAAAAGUCAGGUGUGGCCACUGUCAAAAAGCCAUCUCCCUCCAAAGCCCGGAAGAAGAAGCUGAACAAGAAGGGGAGGAAGAUGGCUGGCCGGAAGCGUGGGCGGCCCAAGAAAAUGAGUGCUGCGAACGCUGAGCGCAAGUCCAAGAAGAGCCAAAGUUCACUGGACCUCCUGUGCUCCCCUCCCGCAGACCCGCCCUCAGCCUCACCCCAGGAUGCAUACAGGGCACCUCAUAGCCCCUUCUACCAGCUACCUCCGAGCACGCAGCUCCACUCCCCCAACCCGUUGCUGGUGGCGCCCACCCCACCUGCGUUACAGAAGCUUUUAGAGUCCUUCAAAAUCCAGUACCUGCAGUUCCUGGCAUACACGAAAACCCCACAAUACAAGGCCAACCUGCAGCAGCUUCUGGACCAGGAGAAGGAGAAGAACACAAGGCUACUGGGCACUGCGCAGCAGCUUUUCGGUCACUGCCAGGCCCAAAAGGAGGAGAUCCGAAGACUGUUCCAGCAGAAGCUGGAUGAGUUGGGCGUGAAGGCUCUGACCUACAAUGACUUGAUUCAGGCCCAGAAAGAAAUCUCUGCCCACAACCAGCAGCUGCGGGAGCAGUCGGAGCAGCUGGAGAAGGACAACAGCGAGCUGCGAAGCCAGAGCCUGCGACUGCUCAGGGCCCGAUGUGAGGAGCUGAGGCUGGACUGGUCCACGUUGUCUCUGGAGAACCUGCGGAAAGAGAAGCAGGCCCUGCGGAGCCAGAUCUCAGAGAAGCAGCGACACUGCCUGGAGCUGCAGAUCAGCAUUGUGGAGCUGGAGAAGAGCCAGCGGCAGCAGGAGCUCCUGCAGUUGAAGUCCUGUGUGCCACCAGACGACGCUCUGUCCCUGCAUCUGCGUGGCAAGGGGACCCUGGCCCGAGAGCUGGAGGCUGAUGCUGGGCGGUUGCGUCUUGAGCUGGACUGUGCCAAGAUCUCCCUGCCGCACCUCAGCAGCAUGAGCCCUGAGCUCUCCAUGAAUGGCCAUGUCGCCGCCGGCUACGAGCUCUGCAGUGCAGCUAGCCGGCCCUCAUCCAAGCAGAACACCCCCCAGUACCUGGCCUCCCCCUUGGACCAGGAGGUAGUACCCUGUACCCCCAGCCACAGUGGCCGACCUCGGCUAGAAAAGUUGUCUGGCCUGGCUUUGCCAGACUACACCCGGUUGUCACCAGCCAAGAUUGUGUUGAGGCGGCACUUGAGCCAGGACCACACAGGGGCUAGCAAGGCAGCCGCCAGUGAGCCACACCCUCGGGCAGAGCACACCAAGGAGAGCACCCUUCCCUACCAGAGCCCUGGUUUGUCCAAUAGCAUGAAGCUCAGCCCCCAAGAUCCACUGCCUGCCUCCCCGGCAUCCUCGCCACUCACCUCAGAGAAGGGCAGUGAGAAGGGCGUGAAGGAGCGUGCCUACAGUAGCCACGGGGAGACUAUUACCAGCCUGCCUGUCAGCAUCCCACUCAGCACUGUGCAGCCCAACAAGCUGCCCGUCAGCAUCCCGCUGGCCAGCGUGGUUCUGCCCAGCCGCGCUGAGAGGGCGAGGAGCACGCCCAGCCCUGUGCCACAGCCCCGAGAUGCCUCAUCCACACUUGAAAAGCAGACCGGUGCUUCUGCCCACGGUGCAGGGGGCAGUGCAGCAGGGGGCAGGAGCCUUGCCUUGGCGCCCACAGGCUUCUAUGCUGGCUCGGUGGCCAUCAGUGGGGCCCUGGCCAACAGCCCAGCACCUCUGGCCUCAGGGAUGGAACCAGCUGUUUUCGACGAGCCCUCUGGUCCUGGCAGCCUCUUUGCCAUCAUGGCGUCUCGUAGCACACCGCCACAGCUCCCGCCUCUGCUGCCACAACCUCGCAACUCCGGCCCUGCCUCUCCUGCACACCAGCUCUCAGCCAGUCCCCGCCUGAGUGUGACCACCCAGGGUCCACUGCUGGACACCAGCAAAGGGGAGCUGCCCUCUGAGCCUGCCUUCUCAGACCCGGAGAGUGAGGCUAAGAGGAGAAUCGCGUUCAGCAUCACAGCCAGCUCCAGCUCGAAGCAGUCGCCUUCUACCAGGCACAGCCCCUUGGCCUCCAGCACCCGUGGGGACUGUGUACAAAGCCACGGGCAGGACAGUCGUAAGCGCAGCAGAAGGAAGCGUGCAGCAGCUGGGACCCCCAGCCUCAGCACAGGUGUGUCCCCCAAGCGCCGGGCUCUGCCAACUGUCGCUGGCCUCUUCACACAGUCCUCGGGGUCUCCCCUCAACCUCAACUCCAUGGUCAGCAACAUCAAUCAGCCCCUGGAGAUCACAGCUAUCUCGUCCCCUGAGAGCUCCCUGAAGAGUUCCCCCACCCCCUACCAGGACCACGACCAGCCCCCAGUGCUCAGGAAGGAACGGCCCCUGGGCCCGACCAAUGGGGCCCAUUACUCACCGCUGACCUCAGAUGAGGAGCCAGGCUCUGAAGACGAGCCCAGCAGUGCUCGAAUUGAAAGAAAAAUUGCAACAAUCUCCUUAGAAAGUAAAUCUCCCCCGAAGACGCUGGAAAAUGGUGGUGGCUUGGUGGGAAGGAAGUCUGCCCCCUCGAGCGAGCCUGUGAACAGCAGCAAAUGGAAGUCCACCUUCUCACCCAUCUCUGACCUCAGCUUGGCCAAGGCCGUGGACAGCCCGCUACAGGCUGGCUCUGCGCUGAGCCACAGCCCCCUGUUCUCUUUCCGGCCAGCUCUGGAGGAGCCUGCUGCUGAGGCCAAGCUCCCCACCCACCCAAGGAAGAGUUUUGCUGGCUCUCUGGCUGCAGCCGAGGGCCCGAGCCCCGGCGCCAAUCCUCCCAAUGGCCUGGCCUUCAGUGGGAGCCUCGCUGCAGACCUCGGUUUACACAGCUUCAACGACGGUGCUUCCCUCGCCCACAAGGGCCCCGAAGUGGCCAGCCUGAGCGCCUCCGUGAGCUUCCCAUCCCAGCGGGGCAAGGACAGUACCACAGAGGCCAACCCCUUCCUCAGCAGGCGGCAGCCAGAGGGUCUGGGUGGCCUGAAGGGCGAAGGCAGUGCAGGCAAGGAGUCCGGCGAGACCCUGUCCCUGUGCGGGCCUGCAGACAAGGUUGCACUGCCUCAUGGCAGUGGCAGGGGCAGCAAGGGCCGUGACCGGGAGCUGGACUUCAAGGGUGGCCACAACCUCUUCAUCUCUGCUGCGGCUGUGCCUCCAGGUGGCCUCCUGGGUGGCCCUGGCCUCGUGACUGUGGCUUCCUCUGUGGGCAGUGUGACACCUGCUGCCCAGGCUCCCCGGCCCUUCCUGAGCACCUUCACGCCUGGACCCCAGUUCACUCUGGGCCCCGUGUCCCUGCAGGCCAACCUGGGCUCUGUGGCCGGCUCCUCCGUGCUGCAGUCCUUGUUCAGCACCGUGCCAGCUGCUGCGGGCUUGGUGCACGUGUCAUCCACUGCCACCCGACUGACCAACUCGCACACCAUGGGCAGCUUCUCCUCCGGGGUGGCCGGCGGAACCGUUGGAGGUGUCUUUACCCACGCGGUGCCUUCUGCCUCUGCUCACCCGUUUGGAGCUGGUGUCGGCAGCGGGGCUGUGUGUAGCAGUGCCACGCUGGGCCUGAGCCCGCUGCAGGCGGCGGCCAGCACCUCGGCUUCUUCCUUUCAGGCCGCGGCUUCGGUCGAGACUAGGCCGCCCCCUCCACCUCCCCUGCUUCCUCCUCAGCACCUGGGCCGGCCCCCUGCGGGGCCGCCUGUCCUCCAUGCACCCCCUCCUAACGUUGCCUUGCCUCCUCCGCCUGCGCUGCUGGCCUCUAACUCAGAGCCAGUGCUUCUGCAGAGCCUGGCCUCCCUCCCGGCUAACAAAGCUUUCUUACCCCCCUCCUCUGCCGCCUCUCUGCAGCCUGCUAACGCCUCUCUGUCUGUCAAGCUCGCCUCCCUCCCACACAAGGUCUCCCGCCCUUCCUUCACGGUGCACCACCAGCCCCUGCCCCGGCUGGCCCUGGCGCAGGCCGCACCCGCCGCCCCGCAGGCCAGCUCCUCAGGGCCAUCUGCUGUGUGGGUUUCCCUUGGCAUGCCGCCUCCUUAUGCCGCGCACCUUUCGGGGGUUAAGCCUCGAUAAAGACCUUGCUUAGCUAACAGUUCAUGUUCCGUAAGGUAAGGCUAGAGCCAAACCACCCCUCUUGCCUGGAAGACGGCUGGCAGGGCUGAGCACAUGCCCAGGGGCCUGAGUGGUAGACGGGGGCUGAGGGAGGCAGGGUGUAUGUAUAGGAAGGACUACCUGGUCCUCAGCCAGCAGCUGAGGAGAUGAGAUUCAAGUGUGCACAGAGCUGCGGUAGCCACAGCCCGCCCUGAGGCUCCUGGCCCACGGCUGUUCGUGAUUUUGGAGUCACAUCUUUAGCUCUAAAUUAAGGCCUCUGUCACCAGCCAACCUGUCCAAGGGAAACGAGAUAGUCGGGGGAGGCUGAAGGCUCUGUCCACAGGCAGAAAGCUGCCUGAGGUAGCAUGGAUGUUCAUGAGCUCCGAGUCGGGGCUUAAGGUCCAGGGAGCAGGUACCUGUCCACCUGUCCCUGGACAGGAGCUGUCAAACCCUGCCUGGCUGUUGUCAUGGUAGUAGACAUCCCCUGUGAGUGAAGAGCCAGGUGUCAGGCCUCGGGCCUUCUGUAGGGUAUGGCCAUGUGGUGGCGGUGGCCUUGGCACAGGACAGGCUGGCCAUCGCCAUCUGGAGUCCUGGGACUAGGGCCUCUGAGCUGACCCACCCCGUGUGCUCAGCAGGGCGCAGCUGGAGGGGCUGGACCCAGCAGUCCCUGCCAGGAGCACCCCUCUGCCCUGCGUCCUGUGGGGCGGCUCAGCCAUGGUGGGCAUGUUGACUACACCUAACCCAUGCUCCUCCUCCCUGCAGGUAAUUAGGACUUCUACCUCAGCCACGACCUAUGCAAGGACGGUGUGGACCAAGCCUGCUGCCUGCCAGGCCGGCGGAGCCGGACGUGGAGCCUCUGUGAAUCGGCGGCACCGCAGGAGGUGCUGGACUGGUCCAGUUUGUACUGUCGAUAGUUUUAGAUAAAGUAUUUAUCGUUUUUUUUUUUUAAAGUAUAAGCAAUUCUGACUUAUUUUAUUCCAUCAAAGUCGUCCAAGGCAACCUCUUGAGACGUCUAAAUGUCUGUGAGAGAAUCACAUAAAGACGUGGCCUGCCGGGCUGGCCGCCACAAGGACUCUUGACUCCGUCCCCGGUGCUAUCUCACCGAGUCCAUGCCUGCCCGUCUCCAACUCCACCCCGGGUGCUGCCCCACAUGUGGACCGUGGCCAAACAGUUCUCAGAUACGCCCCACGCUUGUCCUGAUACCAAAGGCACGCCAGGCACGCCCGACGGGGGCUGACCGCUCAGAAGCCACCCAGUGUCACUGUGAAUGCCCCACUGUGAACCGUGUGGCACCAGGCGUGCCUUUGCUGCGGGUCCAGACUGGGCUGGGGUAGGACUGUGGGUGCCUGGCGACAGGUGGUGCUGACUGGUGUGGACCGCUACUGCAGGGCUCGGUGGCUCCUGUGACAAGUGCAUUUACUUUGUAUUUCUUUACUUUUCUGGCUCGGGGCAUGCUGGCCAGGUGACAUGGGGCUGGCCCACUGUGGGUCCCCUGGCAUCUGUGUAUAAGAGAGUCACAUGAUGAGUGACAGUAUUUUAUAGAGAUGUGAUGGAGAUUUAUAAAUUUCAUAGACUUGACUGCAUUUAUUUUUAGAUUGUAUAAUGCACAGUAACUUUAAAGGAAAGAAAAGUGAGGAGGAAAAAUACUUUUAUUUAUUCAAAUGCACAAAAAAUGGCUCUGGCCAGGGACCCUGCAGGAGUGUGGCCCACAUGUGCUGGGCCACCCAGGGCUUCUGGUCACUGUGGGCACUGCCUGUGUCUAGGAGUUGCCUCCUGGUCCUGGGUGUGGCUGCAAAGUGCCAGGGCUGGCUUGGCUUGCUAAGGCAGUCCUGACUGCCCUCAGUGCUGCUCAUUUCGGGUUGAGGUAGGUGGGCUGUGAGUGGGGAGGCCAUGUUGACCCCUCAGCCUGACCUGCCUCCCAUGGCAGUUGUGAAGACAGAUGGUGCUGGUGUCCCUUCCCGCCCCUCCCUUGUCUCCCACCCCUGCGAUGGUGCUCAGCUAGCCAGGCUCGUUCCUGCACACCUCAGCCAGCUACGGUGCUGCAGGGCAGGGCGGCCAUAGUUAGCAAGUCCCGAGCCUGGAUACUACACUGAGUGAACACUGUACACCACCUGCCACCCGGCGGCGGCUGCCGCCUCUACCUUACUUGAGUGUUAAGGGACAGAUACUGCAUGGUCGUGGCCCGCAUGGCCCAGUGGGCCACAGGUGCUCCAGGCAGGCACAGCUGCAAGUCCUCUCCUGAGCCCACAAGAAAGGGGAACCCACAAACUGUUCAUGGUAGCCUGGGUACCCUGGCUGAUGGUCCUAGCGUGGGGUGAGACUGCCUCAGUGGUCCCUGCCACUCCAGCCCAAGGCUGGCUCAGGGCUUGAGCUCAGGAAAAUGAUAGGAAGCCCUAAGGGAGGCGCUCCUAGGCUAGCCCACAUGGGGACUCUACCAGACACACGUCCCGGUUCCCACCCUCAACCCACACAGCUGUUUUGGCAGCCUGGCCUGUUGAUAACUUGAUGCAGCUUUGCUCUGUCUUGUGAUGACCUCUGUUCUUAACAGGUGCACUGUUCUCUCCCUUGGCUCCCCCAAGGCAUCUCACACAUUGUUGCCGCCUCUAGACACAGUAAUAAAAGCCGUUUUCACUUGA